AUGGACUACCAACCGGUCAUUGUGAAAGCACAUCCUCGACCCUCUAGUUCCAAAUCUAGUCCUGAAGCAAGGUACUGGCGUCAAUUCAAGCAUCCUGUUUUUGUUAAAGAAUAUGCUCCGGUAACUUCUGUGCAUUUUUCUCCAACCAAACCACAUCGAUAUGCCGUGACAGCAGCCACCCGAGUUCAACUCUACGCUCCCCGGACACAAAAGGUCACGAAAACCAUCUCAAGGUUCAAGGAUAUUGCUCGGAGCGGCUGCAUACGCGCAGAUGGCAAAUUACUCGUAGCUGGAGACGACACAGGCUUGAUUCAGGCAUUUUUUUUCGCUCGACUAAAAGAAACCAACGGCUCAAAGAUUGUUUUUGACAUAAAUUCACGAGCAAUCCUUCGAACAUUCGACUCGCACAAGCAAGCAGUUCAUGUGACAAAAUUCUCUUCAUUAGCACCUACACAGGUUCUUUCCUGCUCCGACGACACCACAGUCAGAAUAUGGGACGUCCCUUCCCAGUCCUGUACAACCACAUUUACCGCUCAUACAGACUAUGUCCGGUCUGGCCAGUCUUCUACAUCGAGUCCCCAUCUCCAUUUGACCGGCUCAUACGAUGCCACUGUGCGUCUGUUUGAUUCAAGGUCUGGUCAAUGUGAGAUGGUAAUGAAUCCAGCAGGAGGCAGCACCGGUGGCAAUGUCCCUGUAGAACAAGUUCUGAUGUUCCCGUCAGGUACUGUCGCCGUAUCCUCGGCAGGAUCUAUACUUCGUGUCUGGGAUUUGGUCGCUGGUGGACGCUGUGUCAGAGCUUUAUCCAACCACCAGAAGACUGUCACAGCAAUAGCUUUCGACAGCACCGCCAGCCGUUUACUUACUGGUGGACUUGAUCAAAUGGUCAAGGUGUACGACGUGAGCACGUACAAGGUUGUACAUACAAUGAGAUACCCUGCUCCCGUGUUAUGUCUAGCAGUAUCACCUGAUGAAACGCAUAUCGCAGCAGGAAUGACUGACGGUACUCUUUCUGUGCGUAGGCGUAAUCCAAAAGCUUCCGAGACUCAGUUCAACGCUUCACUCGCUGCCGCUGUUCUACGUUCUGGUACAUUUGAAACCUUCUUUGGUGGGACUCUACCGACAAUUGGAAUGGGCACGGUUAAGGGAAAGGGAAAGGCUAAACCUCUUGGCGAUGUAAACGAAUUUCGGAUAGAGAGUCGGAGGGCCAAACGAUUGAAAGGCUAUGACAAACUUCUCAAGGGAUUUAAAUAUUCUGCCGCAUUGGACUCGGUUCUUCGCAAACAAGUGCCUCCAACCACGACAUUUGCAUUGAUACAAGAGUUGAUUCACCGUGAUGGCCUCCGAAUCGCACUUGCUGGCCGGGAUGAUGUUCUAUUAGAGCCUGUCCUGCGAGUGCUGGUCAAGCAUGCCACAGAUCCACGCUUCGGGGAGAUGGUCUGUGAUAUCGCUGGGCUUGUGAUACAGAUGUAUACUCCGAUCUUAGGUCAAUCCCCACUGAUUGACUCACUCUUUCUACGACUACGCAAAAAGGUACAGACAGAGCUUCGGUUCCAGAAGGAAAUCCGAAGAACGAAAGGUGCCUUGGACAUGAUCUUUUCGGCCGUAGCAUCAACAAAUCUCCCAUUGCGAUAA